GAAGUCGACGGAGUGAGCAGUCAGUUCCCCAAAACCAAAGCAGCUGCUGCUUUUUCUCCCCACUAAGGGACAAAUAUCACAGCUGAUCCGACAGGGACCCGUCCGAAGUGGAAGUCACACGAGAGUUUGGGCGCUGUAAAACAACACUUCUUAUUUAUUUAUUAUUUUUUUCCCCCCUCCCGGACUGGUGGUAUACUUUUCCAGCGUCUCUCUAUUUCUGCGCCUUGACGCACAUUUAUUCAUAGUCCUUCGGAUUAUCAGCUUUUUAAAACUUUAACGGAUAUUGUCGCUUUCUGUUUGGACGGAAUAUCCUCUUAAAGAUUUGGAUACUUUUUCUUCUUUACCUUGGUAAAUCUUCUGGAAGAUACCAUGAGCCUCAGCUCAAAGUGUGCGCCGUGAUGGCGAACAUGUUGACGGCUCUAUCGUUUGGAGCUUUGACUUCCUAUUUUAAAGGAUGAUUGAACCAUUUUUCUGCAUGCUGAAAGAUCAUCUCAGAAGUAAAGGACAACUCGCCAUUAAAGCCUUGCCUAUACAGAGACUUGGAUUGUGACUUUUUCUGCCCUUGUGUGUUGACUUUGGAUUUCGCCUUAUUAUUUAAAGUUGCAGUCACAGUAAAAGGAGCUUCUCUGUAAGCUGCUGACAUUGACUGGAAUCCUAUGUGUAGCCCGGCAGCUGUAGCUGCUUGUGGAAUCACCUAGCCUGGGACUAUCAGGCCUGAAAGGGAGCUGAUCCCAGGAACCAUCAGCCUUAUCCUCUAUCUAAUCAACUAUUCUACCGGUCUGAAGGCAGACUCUACUAACCAAUGGCAUGGGUCAAGUUCUUCAGGAAGCAGGGGGGCAAUCUGGGGAAAUCCUACCAGCCGGGGAGCAUGAUGUCUCUGGCCCCAACCAAGGGACUGCUGAACGAGCCGGGCCAGAACAGUUGCUUCCUUAACAGUGCUGUACAGGUUCUGUGGCAUCUGGACAUCUUCAGACGCAGCUUGAGACAGCUACCGGGGCAUUUCUGCCUGGGAGACUCGUGCAUUUUUUGUGCAUUAAAGGGCCUUUUCUCCCAGUUCCAGCAGAGUCGCGAGCGCGCCUUGCCUUCUGACAACCUGCGUCACGCCUUGGCAGAGACCUUUAAGGACGAACAGCGCUUCCAGCUGGGCUUUAUGGAUGAUGCUGCAGAGUGCUUUGAAAACAUACUGCAAAGGAUUCAUCUGCAUAUUGUGCCUGAAGAGACCGACGCCUGCACCUCCAACUCAUGCAUCACCCAUCAGAAGUUUGCAAUGACACUUUAUGAGCAGUCUGUGUGCCGUAGCUGUGGGGCGUCGUCAGAUCCUCUGCCCUUUACGGAGCUGGUACAUUAUAUUUCUACAACAGCACUUUGUCAGCAGAUGCAUCAGCGUCGUGAUGAAUCAUUUGGGGAACUGUUACAAGCAGCGAGUACGAUUGGGGACCUUAGGAAUUGUCCAAGCAACUGUGGUCAGAAAAUCAGGAUCAGACGGGUUCUCAUGAACUGCCCAGAAAUAGUUACCAUCGGCUUUGUGUGGGACUCUGAUCAAUCGGAUCUCACCGAGGAAGUCAUUCGCUCGCUGGGGCCUCAUCUCAGCCUCUCUGCGCUGUUCUACAGGGUAACAGACGAGCACGCCAAAAAGGGAGAGCUGAUGCUUGUUGGGAUGAUCUGCUACUCCAGCCACCACUACUGUGCCUUUGCCUUCCACACCAAAUCCUCCAAGUGGGUUUUCUUUGAUGAUGCAACAGUGAAAGAGAUUGGUUCCCGAUGGAAAGAUGUGGUCAGCAAAUGUAUUAAAGGUCACUUCCAGCCUCUGCUCCUCUUUUACUCUAACCCUGAUGGCAGUGCCAUCCACACAGAAGAUGCCUCAAGACCCAGCAGCCACUCAAACAACCACAAGCCCUACGUCAACGGAGAAGUGUCAGGUGCUGAGUCUCCAGUUCCAGCACCUAAGAAGCUGGAAUUGACCAAAGAGAAUCUCAAAGCUGUGCUGGACUACGAGCCUCACAAAAAGAAGACCACGUCGACUCUCAGCAGGGGCAGCGGACAGACCAGCGUGGGACGAGGACAAGUGAAACGUGAAACCAGCGAUUCAAAGGGUCGCAUCAGGGAAAUUUCCAGAGAAGCUGCCCAUAGAGCGGGAGAAUUGAGAGGAAUGCAUCCAGUCAGGAGAGAUGCUGACAGGGGUGGUCAGCGGAGGCCGGACCCACGACACAGAGAUCCAGCAUACGACAGGACCUACUCCCGCUCUGCCUCCCCUCCAGAGAAUGGCUUCAAGCAAUACCUGGAGACCCGGCUGUACAGCAGCCAAGGAAAAGGCCCCAUCAGGACAGAAAGGGUACCGUAUCUUGGCGGCCGCUCCUCUCAUGAUCCACCGCGUUCCUCUCAUGAACCGCCUCGCUCCCACGCCAGACUCCAAGUGCCGGCCAGUACCAGUACUUUGAGGAGCGGCCACCAAAGCCGGAAGCUGGAGCACCUCUCCAACGGGUACGACACAGACAGCAGCCAAGGUUCCAGGGACAGAAAUGGGAGGAACAUCCACAACCCCUCUAGUCGAGCAUGGAGGCCUAUGCGGGAGGCACUGAAUGUGGACAGUGUUAUAAGUAGUGCUGACAGUGGGAUCUCAGGAAGAGAGGAGCAAAGGCUGCCCAGUCCACGGAGAAGAACAAGCAGUCAUUCACCGUCUCGUGAACCAGAGCAGGACAAAGACACUGCAUGGGCGGCAUGGGACGACCGCAAACCAAAAAGCCUGAUGACUAUCUACGAAGAUGAGCAGAGGAAUGAAACUGGGGGUAGUCGAAGCUCACUAGACUCAGAGGGUAGGGGUGGGCAUGAUAAGGACAGGUCAAAGGGCUCAGCACCACACAAAGUGCGCAAUGAAAACUGGAAGAUCCAGAGAACCGAGUCGGGGUACGAGAGCAGCGACAGACUGAGCAAUGGCUCAGCUAACCUGGACUCACCUGUUGUAGAGGGCCUUUCUUCUAAAGAUCUCCGGCCUAUACCAGAACUACAACUGAUGAGGGAUAUAUUUCCUCCAAGAGGAAGUGAGGAUUUAAGUGCUGCUGUGUUGUACUCUGGUUUCUCUACAGCAGAGCAAGGAAGGAAAUCUCCAGAACUGAAAGAUGUCAACAUCCUCAGUGGUCAACCCAUGCAGAGAAAAAGAGCCUUCAGAUACACCCCUGGAAUCCUGGAAAAGAACAAUGGCCUGGAUAGUGAGCAAGAAGAAAAUCUGGAUGGCAGCCCUGCGAGCCCCAUCCCUCCUUACUCCUUGAAAACCAGCAGUUCUGAGUGGAACAGCUCUGAUGAUCUUGCUGGACCUCUCUCUGAGCAAGAAGAGUCCAGUCAAACAUACUCUUUGUCACACAGCUAUCAUCCACCUCUACCCCCAAAACCCGGCCUGUCUGGCAUCUCUCCCCGCAGCCAGCCCAAAAACGCUCUGUCUGUCCUCCGGCGUUGGAUCGAGACACCCACUGAGCACAGGCUUUCCUCUGAUGCCAGCUCUAAGUCAGGCUCUUCAGACCAGGAGAGGAACGAUCUUUCAGCCAGCGAGAACGAGGACAGACUACCAAGUCCUAAACCCCAACCAGAUGACGGUACAGACUCCCUGUCCUCCUCCCUGACAGAUAUGGUCCUCCCAACCACUUUCUUCUCCGUGGACAGCUGCAUGACAGACACUUACCGGGCCAAAUACCACAAGAAACCAGGUGUCUACAGGAGAGCAGACGACCCAUCCUCAUCAGGGGAGAGUGAUGCAGAAGGAAUGGGUCACAGUUUUACAAAUGCUCACAUUCAGCCCACAGAAACCUCCAGAAGCAGAACAGAAGCAGGCCAAUCUACUGCUAAGACUAUUGCAAAGUGGAACCCAGUUACUCCCAAAUUUCUGGAUGAGCAUGGUUUCCUAUGAUCAAACAUUGUUCCUGUGACUGGAUGCCGAAUGGAUUGACUGCUACACUGACUCUUUCUUUGGAAUGUGUGGAUCUCCUCAAAGUGUGUGUAACAAAACAGAAUGCCAAAGAGAUUGCAGAAAGAAAGGCUUGUCUUUAUCGCACAUUAGAGAGCUAAGGGUACAAAACGUCUUUAGUACUUUGUAGGUUUGGAGGAAUUAUACCGAUGAAGAAUGCGUCACAUUAAGCCACUUUAACAAACAAGAGAUUCAAAUAACAAAUCACACAGAUAUAUAUCAUGUUUCUCCUUGUUUUGUCUCUUUUAUUUCACUACUCCCAUUGUAGUGUUAAUGUGCAGUUGCCCGAGUUCUCUUUCUUUUUUUAUGUUCAGGAAAGUUCCCAUUAAUCGUUUGUUCUACCGUCACUAUGUUCUGUUGCUGAU